AUGUCUUUCCCUCCGCGCGGGAAAGGUCGUGGAUCUAGAAAUAGGGGUACCGAGGAGGAAUACGUGCUCUUCCUCCAGGGGAUCCCACCUCGCUGUCGCUGGCAAGAACUUAAGGACUUGGUCCGACAAACCGCGUUGCACAUUCGUCAAGCAGUGGUCUACGAUGAUCACCAUGGAUUUCCUACUGGGCUAGGGCAAAUCAUCGUGAAGGAAGAGGACGAGGCUUGGAGGACAUACCACAGAUUAUCCACCAACGGUUGGGAAGGGCAGAGCCUGGUGGUCACCCUUGCGCGAACGAGUGCGCCGACUCGGCCGAUUGCAGGGCCUACAAAAAGUCCUACCUGUAUUAUACAGCCCAGCUAUGUCACAGGGUAUUCACCGCCGCCAAGAAUGGCCCAAAUCAGCGCUAUACCACCCUCUCCCGUACCUACUGAACCCGUUGUACCCUCGAGCCCAAACUACCACAGCGCAGAUUACAGUGCUAUGGUCAACCCAAUAUAUGUUUCUCACCAAACCUACAUGCCAGUCUUUACGGACCCGUUAUAUCAGGCCGUCUCAGGUGUCCCAAACUCGCCUACCAUCCAACCCUCUUUCUGCGACCCAAUGGUUUUCGGUCUUAUCCCUCCGUAUGCCAUGUCCCACCAGAUGCACCCACCCGUCAUAGCAAACAGCUUUAGACAGAGUCAUCCCGGCACUGCCCCAGGCAAAGGUAUGCACAGUUACAACGCUUAUAGCAGUACCUCCCCGUCUUACCCAUGCCAAAACCUGCGCCGCUGCAUCCUUAUCCAAAACCUCAAUCCAACAGCUACAGAGCAUGACCUACUUGACUUCCUGCAGGAAAGCGUUGCUAUAGAGAAGUGUGAGAUUCUACCGCCACACACCACAUCCAAUUCCCAGACCACUCGGAGCAGACUCACUGCGCGCGUCACGCUUCGCUCUGCAGAAGAUGCCAAACGAGUCGUGGCACUGUACAACAACACCAUUUUCAUGCGGUUCAGGAUCCGAGUCAAGGUUGACAGGGACGCCCCGCACACAUUCUCAUACGAUAUUGCUCCCGAUCAACAUCACUCGAAUACAGCUGAGCUGCCUACUUCUGUUUUCCUCGAUGGGGCCUGCGCUAUAAACAAGGUUAUGCCGUUCCGCUGUGCUUAUACCAGCACCCGCUCGGGCCCCGAGAACCUGAACUUGACCAGUUUCACCGUAUCAGUCAUUCAAUGGGUCAAUCAUCUUAUCAUCAAAAAUCCCUCCAUAAGCUGA